AAAUUCAAGUAUUACAUUCGUUCAUUUAUUUAUUUUUUUAAAUGGAAUUCAUGGUUUAUUCAAAAAAAUUCAAUAAUUGGUUGUGGAACCCUUCAUUCUGGCUUCCACCUAACAUCACCUGGGAAGAUCUUAAAAAUAAAAGUGCUAAUAUAUAUUAUCCCCAAUAUAAUGAUCUUUGGAUGUCGUUAUUGUUAGCUUUUUGUAUUAUUAUAUUACGAAAUAUUUUUGAAAAAUUUAUAGCAUACCCAAUAGGAAGAAAAUAUGGGCUAAAAAACAAUCAUCAGAAGCUUAAAACUUUUAAUGAUGAUAAAGAAAAAUUAUUUAAGAGUACUUUAAAAUUAAAUGGUCAUAAUGCCAAUGAUAGGACAAUUAACGAUUAUAUUAAUGAAAGUGAAAAGAAUAUUAGACAUCCCUCAAAUGAAUUAAAAAAUGGUUUUUAUAAAAGUUAUCAAUCCAGUGCUUUAAAUGACAUAUCAAAUCAUACUGGUCUUUCUCAGUUUAAAAUUUUAAAAUAUUUGAGGCAAAAACAUAUAUCAUCAAAAAACUAUAGCAAAUUAACUAAAUUUUCGGAAAGUUUCUGGAGAUUUACCUACUACAUAACUGCUUUCUUUUAUGGAUUAACUAUUCUUUACAAUAAACCUUGGUUAUGGGACACUAAAUAUUGUUGGACAGAUUAUCCUUUUCAACACGUGAGUCGAGACAUUUACUGGUAUUACAUGAUACAGAUGGGCUUUUACUGUUCUUUGAUGGUCUCUCAAUUCAUGGAUGUAAAACGAAAGGAUUUUUGGCAAAUGUUUACCCAUCACGUUUGCACUUUGCUCUUGAUGACAUUCUCCUGGGCAACUAAUCUGGUGAGAAUCGGUACCCUGGUUCUGGUUAUACAUGAUGCUGUCGAUUUUUGGUUGGAAGCCACAAAGAUAACUAAUUAUUGUAAAAAGCCUAAAUUGUGCAACGUUAUAUUCUGCAUAUUUAUCGUUACUUGGUUCCUAACUAGAUUGGUUAUAUUUCCAUACAGAGUCAUAUACCCUGCUAUGUUCCAAGCCCACAAAGUUUUGAAAACAUUUUUUGCAGCUUAUUACGUCUACAAUUCCCUUUUGUUGCUUUUGCUAGCUCUUAACAUUUUUUGGUUCGUAAUCAUAUGCAAGAUGGCUUACAAAUCCAUUAAAUAUGGAGAGGUCAAGAAAGAUGAAAGGAGCAGCUCGGAAGAUGAAACCCGGCAAGACGCUAAAAAUAACUGAAAAGCGAUAUAUGGAAGGAAAUAUUACACUAAAGGAAACCUAAUCUAUAAAAAUUGUUUAAAGGGUUUCUAAGAAAAACGAAUGUUUUAUAUAUAUAUACAAAAUUUAUAAAGAUUUUUUUAAAACCACUUCUUUGUUAUUGUAAAAUUUUUACAUCACUAAUAAAACAGUUUUUAAUAUUGUACAAAAAGAAAUACGCUUAUUAUUAUAUUUAUUGUGUACCUUGUGAUCUUAUAUUUUUUUUAUUUAUAUUAACACAGCUUUGCUCACUAACUGAUAUUUUAUAAACAUUGCUUAAAGAGUUUCGGAAAAAUGCUCCCUUAGUCUUUGAAAAGAUUUUUAAAAUUUUUUUUUGAAAAUAAUAUUGUUUUUUGUCCAAAAUGACAAUUUGUUAAAAAAUAAUUUUAUAUAAAAAUAAACAUGCUUAUAUUAUAUUUAACAAUAUGUAUUUUAUGUAAAUUACUCUUAUAUUUUCUUUUAUUGAAUAUGAAUUAUAUUAACAGCUUUGCUCACUACUCAGCAUUAUACAAUAGAAUUUUUUAACCCUGUUCCUUGCAAAACAUUCUUUCUCUAUAACCAAAAAAAUAUACUAUGUAUAAAUCUUAAUGAUAUAUUAAUAUGUUUUUAUUACAUAUCGUUGCCUAAUAUAAACUAAUUUCGAGUUCUAACCACAAAAGUUUAUACCAAUUUGCCCCAUAUAUUUUUACGGCUAAAAAGUGGCACUUUUUUAUAAUUUUUUCUAGUUAUAAUUAGCGAAUUAAAAUAUAACAGCAUAUUUUCUAGUCUGAUCAUAAAAAUUCAAAUUUUAAAAAACCUAAAUUUAUCGAUUCAAAAAAAACUUUUGAUAUAAAAAAUAUUAUAGUAUUCUAGCUAUAUUGUGGUUGAUGUGUUUUUAAUAUUUUAAAAUGUCUCAAAAUUUUGACCUCAAUCAAUCCUAACAUAAACAUAAAUUUUUUUAUGCAAUCGCUUUAUCAUAUGAAAAUUGUUUUUAUUUUUUUAUGACCUCUAAUUUUUUUUAAAAAUCGUUAUAUUUUUUACUACCGUAUGAUAAAGUUAUAAAUUUUUCCCUUUUAAUUUGAUUUCAUUAUAAUUUUUUUUAUACUUUUUCAAAUAGAUUGAUGUUUUUGUUUCUUCUUAUUUUCAUCAAAAUUAUCUUUUGUAACUUCUAUCUUUCCUUAAUCCUGCAAAUAAUCCAUCAAUAUAAAUUCUUAUUUCUGUGCAAUUAAAAACUAACCUAAAUUUUUUUUACCUGUAUAUUAAUUUAUUAUAUAUUUUGUAUGAAAAUGGUCUAUUUAUAUCGUGAAAUUUGUAAAAAAAAA